GCCAAUCAAAGUAAACCAACAGAAGCCCAAUCCAUAACACAAAACCAACCUGAACAAAAACUUCAGAAUAUAAUGGUUAAUAAUGGUUUUUAAGUGCCAGAAUGAUUCGUUUUUAAGAGAGUUCGUAACAAAAGUGGUCUCUUGCGAAAAAACAGAAAUAAACAAAGUAAUAAACGGCAAAAAAACAAAAUGUGACGGAUUCGAAGUCAUUCUUGAAGAUACUAUUUUAUUUCCAGAAGGAGGAGGACAGCCUUGUGAUUAUGGUUAUUUAAAUGAUAUUCCGGUCAAUCAAAUAGUUCGCAAAACUGACAAGGCUGUUCAUUACACCCACAAACCUUUACAAAUUGGAGAAGAAGUUAAACAAGUACUCGACUGGGAAAGAAGGUUUGAUCAUAUGCAGCAACAUUCAGGGCAGCAUUUGAUUACUGCAAUUAUUGAUAGAGACUUUAAAAUACAAACUGUAAGUUGGUGGCUGGGAGAAGAGGUAUCAUAUAUCGAAUUAGAUGUUGCUCAGAUUUCAGAGGAUCAGAUUAGUUACACUGAAAAUGUUGUAAAUAACUUGAUAAGAGAGUUUAAGAAGGUUACUGUUGAAAUUUAUACAGAAGAUACUCCUGAAGAACAACUAAAAGAAGCUAGAAGUGCUAGAGGUUUACCAGCUGAUCAUAAGGGUGACAUUCGUGUUGUAAGGAUUGAAGAUAUUGAAGGAAAUAUGUGUUGUGGUACACAUGUUUCAAAUUUGAGCCAGUUACAAGUGAUUAAGCUAUUACAUUCUGAGAAAAGUAAAAGGAAGGAUAAAACUUUUUUGUAUUUUUUGGUAGGCAAUAGGGUUCUUAAACGACUUAGUGGAUGUAUUGAAAGAGAACAAAGGCUUACCGCACUUUUGAAAAAUAAUCCAGUUGAUCACACCGAUUUAGUUGAUAAACUCCAAAAAAAUGUAAAAACUUUAACAAAAAAUUUACAAAAUGUUCUAAGAGAAUUAGCAAUUUUGGAAGCUGAGAACCUAAAAAAAACUUUACCAAGGCCAAGCUUCUUUUUCUUGCAUAAAAAGGAGGCUGAUCUGGAAUUCAUAAACAUUUUUAUUAAGGAAGUUGGAGAAGACAAGGAUAUACUUUUGUUUUUGUCAACUGGAGAUGAAAAGGCGAUAGGGAAUAUGGUUUUAUAUGGUGAAGAAAAGGCAGUUGCUGAUUUAGGGCCAAAGAUAUGUGACCUACUAGAAGGUAAAGGUGCAGGAAAAGGAAACAGGUUUCAGGCCAAAGUUUAUAAAAUGUCAAACCGACCCAAAGCCGAAGCAUUAAUUGAAGAAUAUUUCAGAAACUAGUGUAAAUUUGAAAUAAUAAAUGCAGUAUAUAAAUGAGUGUUCCUUAA